GCCACUAAAAAUCCCGACACAGCACCUGUAGUCCUAUGGCUGACUGGCGGGCCGGGAUGUAGUUCCCUGCUGGCUAUGUUCACCGAAAACGGACCCUUUCUUGUUGGCACCGAUGGACAGACAGUAGGAACGCGUGACUAUAGUUGGAAUACCGUAGCGAACGUCCUAUAUCUGGAAUCCCCGGCCGGAACGGGAUUCAGUUAUGACGAGAAUAAUAACUAUACGAAUAACGAUGAGACGACUUCACUGGAUAACUACCUGUCUAUCGAAAGUUUUUUCGUAAAAUACCCGCAUUUGAAGGGAAAUCCGUUUUAUAUAACAGGAGAAAGUUAUGCCGGUAUUUAUAUACCAAUGUUAGCCAAACAGAUAUACCGACACAACUCCACCAUCAAUUUGAAAGGUGUGGCGAUUGGUAACGGGGCACUGGCUAAUGAUAGAGACACCAACUUUGGACAGGCGGCUUAUGAUUUUGCAUUGGGACACGGGUUGAUCACUACUGAGGAUUACGAAAGGAAAGUAGAAAACUGUUGCGACUGUAAGGUGGGUGCUGUUCAACACCAGUGCGACUUUACUAACCCGGAUAAUAAAACUAAAUGUGAUUCAGUAAAAAUAGACUACCUGACCUCCCAGCUUCCCAACCCAUACAAUAUCUAUGAUAACUGUGCGCCUGAUCUCAACAAUCAACAGAUAUUUAACGAGUAUUAUAGACCGAUGUUUGACAAAAUUGGGUUAAGGUUUGGAAAUUUUAAGCUCCGAGAUAAUCCACCGGAAUGUAACAAAUACGGACAUACCGUAUAUUUAAAUACCGGUGCAGUACGUAAGGCAUUACACGUACGUGAAGGGUUAAAACCAUGGUCUAAGUGCAAUGGGGCAGACCUUUAUAACCGGACAGGUUUUGCCCCUCAAUUGCAAAACGUUAAGGACUUGAUACGUACAUACAAAAUGUCCAGGUUUAUCGCAUAUAACGGCAACUUUGACUCAUUGGCGGUGUUUAUGGGCGGACAGAGGUUUGUUUGGGAAUUGGGAUUUCAAACUACCAGUCCUUAUAAGAAAUGGACGGUCGAUGGGACUCCCGAUGGGGUUAUCGGGGGUUUUAUACAGGAAUACGAAAGGGGUGUGAGUUUUGUGGUGGUCAGAGGGGCCGGACAUAUGGUGCCCGAGGAUAAACCCGAGGCAGGCCUACAAGUGCUUAGAUAUUUAUUAGGAUUAACACAAUUUUAA